AUGUGUUGUUGUCUGUGUUGUUCAUGUGUGGUUGACGGCGUGUGUUGUUGUCUGUGUUGUUGUCUGUGUGUGGUUGAUGGCGUGUGUUGUUGUCUGUGUGUGAUUGACCGUGUCUGUUGUAGUGGGGGAGGCCGCGGAUCACGAAUUGCCGGGCUGCGCGAUUUGCAGCAGCAGCAGGACGACGAUAGUGACGAGGAGGAGGGACAGAGGUUUUACGCCGGCGGGUCGGAGCACAGUGGGCAGCAGAUCGUGGGGCCGCCCCGCAAGCGGAACCCCAACGAGAUCGUGGAGAACCUCUUCAAGGAGGCGAAGGAGCAUGGCGCGGUGCCCGUGGACAGCGCCGCGCGGGGCGGUGAGCCCAGCGGCUCCCGGGCUUUCUCUGGGGGCGGCUAUCGUCUUGGGGCAUCGGGCUCGGAGGAGUCGGCCUACGUGGCCGGGCAGAACCGUGCUGAGGCUGCGCAAGAUGUGAACGUGGUGCUCAAACUGUGGAAGAACGGAUUUAGCAUCGACAACGGAGACCUCCGUGACUACGGAGACCCCGCGAGCGCACAGUUCCUGAGCGCGAUAAAGAGGGGGGAGAUCCCGCUGGAGCUGCGACGCAUGGCCCGCGGAGGGCAAGUCAACUUGGACAUGGAGGACCACAGGGAUCUUGACUACGUGAAGCCCAAAUCCAAGUUCAAAGCCUUUGGUGGAGAGGGCCAGAAGUUGGGGAGCCCUACCCCGCACGUGGUGAACGCGCCAACGGGGGCGCAGCCCGUGGCUGCGACGGCAGCGGCGGCGGCCGACACGGAGAGCGACGCGCCGCUCGUGCAGGUGGAUGAGACAGCACCCACCACCAGCCUACAGAUCCGCCUGGCCGACGGGGGGCGGCUCCUGCAGAAGUUUAACCACACGCACAGGCUACGUGACGUGCGGCAGCUCAUCGUGCAGUCGCGACCGGCCAUGGCGGCGUCGCCCUUCGUGCUCAUGACGACGUUCCCGAGUCGGGAGCUGACGGACGAGGAGCAGACGCUGGGGGAGGCGAACCUCCUCAACGCUGUCAUCGUGCAGCGCAUCAAGUGACUUCCGCACCUGCCACGUUGGGGGAGCACCGCAUCGCUACGGGUGUGCCACGCCGUGCCGGGUGCCGUGUCCCGCGGACCGCAGUGGGCGCCCCCCCCCGUCAGCGUCGCACCGCCUCUCGGUGGCGCGGCGCGGCGCUACCAUCGCUCGUCACCCAGCAGCAUUCCGCGGCUUGGGUUCGCUUCACACAACAAGAAACCCUGUGCGGCCACUUAGGGCGCAUGCGCACACACACAGCACACAGGUUGACGCGCACACACAGGUUACACACACACAGGUUGUUACACGCAGUCACAGUACACAGGUUGACACAGACCACACGUGUUGUUACACAUAGUUGGACACGCAGGUUAACACACACAGCACAUAGCUGGACGCACACAGACCUCAGGUUGUUACACAGACCACAGAUUGUUAGACGUACACAUCACAGAGGUAGACGCACGGAGCACACAGAGUUUGACACACACACCACACAAAGUGCGCCCUAAUUAUAAGCAGUGAAAUGUGCCACGUUUUUGAGGAUAGUUGGCUGUGAAAGGCCGACAUGCUUCCAGAUGCUCGCAGUUUCCAUGUAGGCAGUGCAGUUGCAUUGUGUAGCAAUUGCCCACACACUUCACACACCAGCACCCUCCCAUUACUUACCUGCAUCUGGUUGCUUCUUUGGGUUAAUGCUGAGUUAAUAGUCGUAGAUUCACAAAGGGAAGCAUUUUUCUCUACCCAGUUUGAAAAAGCCUGGUUGUGCAAUUUUGCGAAAUCAGAAGGAAAAAAAACACUGGUAUCGUUAAAAUAUUUCUCUUCCCGUGCUAGAUUUAACAAUUAAUUGUGGAGCAUGUGUUUCGGCAGUGCCCACUGAAGGUUGAUGUGAUCUAUUUUAUGGUUAAUGUUUCACACGUUACCUCGUUCCCCAUUGCUCUGCCCGACACUAACAUUACGAAAGGAAUAACGAGGAAUGACCAUUCAUCGCGUCAUCUCGGAAAUAAAUUAGCGAAACAA